GCCCAGCAGCCUGGCCCCCUGGGCCUGCGAGCUGAGCUAGUCUUGGGGCCCUGGAGCAAGGGGCCAGAGAGGUGCCACAGCGCCCCUCCAUGAGCUUGUGGCCAGCGUUAGAGACAGUUAUUCAGACACUGGAGACCAGCGUCCUGGGGCCAGGCCAGGAGAAAGGCCUGAGCGUGCAGGACCCGGCCCAGGACCCACAGCCCGCCUGCCUGAGCACCUGCAUCAGGGGCAUUGUCACCCGCAACCUCUCCCAGCCUGAGCGUCCAGCCCCAUUGCCAGUCGCCGAGAUGGUAUCGGUGCUGUCGCUGCAGGAGGAGAACCAGCUGCUGCAGCAGGAACUGUCCCGCCUGGAGGACCUGCUGGCCCAGAGCCGCGCCGAGCGUGAUGAGCUCGCCAUUAAGUACAACGCAGUCAGCGAGAGGCUGGAGCAGGCUGUGCGGCUGGAGUCGGGGGAACUGGAGACGCAGGAGCCCAAGGGGCUGGCCCGGCAGAGCGUGGAGCUGCGGAGGCAGCUGCAGGAGGAGCAGGCCUCCUACCGGCGCAAGCUGCAGGCCUACCAGGAGGGCCAGCAGCGGCAGGCCCAGCUGGUGCAGCGGCUGCAGGCCAAGAUCCUCCAGUAUAAGAAAAAGAGCUCAGAGCUGGAGCAACAGCUGCUGGAGAGAUCCACAGAGCUGGAGCAGCAGCAGCUGAAGGACACAGAACACAGACAAGACCUGGAGAGCGCCCUCAUCCGCCUGGAGGAGGAGCAGCAGAGGAGCGCCAGCCUGGUCCAGGUGAAUGCUAUGCUCCGAGAACAGCUGGACCAGGUGAGUUCUGCCAACCAGGCUCUGAGUGAGGACAUACGGAAGGUGACUAACGACUGGUCACGCAGCCGCAAGGAACUGGAGCAGCGGGAGGCAGCGUGGAGGCGUGAGGAGGAGUCCUUCAACGCAUACUUCAGCAAUGAGCACAGCCGCCUGCUUCUCCUCUGGAGGCAGGUCGUGGGGGUUCGACGGCUGGUCAGCGAGGUGAAGAUGUCCACUGAGAGGGACCUGCUGCAGCUGGGCGGAGAGCUGGCCCGGACCUCACGGGCAGUCCAGGAGGCGGGCCUGGGGCUGAGUGCAGGCCUGCGGCUGGCAGAGAGCCGGGAGGAGGCGGCCCUGGAGAAGCAGGCAUUGCUGCAGGCCCAGUUGGACGAGCAGCUGCGGGAUAAGAUGCUCUGCGAGAAGGACCUGGCCCAGAUGCAGGUGCAGAGUGACCUGGACAAGGCUGAGCUCAGUGCCAGAGUGACAGAGCUGGCCUUGGCUGUGGAGCGUCUUCAGAACCAGAAUCUGGAGAAGGAUCAGGUCAACAAGGCCCUCACUGAGAAGCUGGAGGCCCUGGAAUCCCUGCAACUACAAGAGCAGGGAACCCCGGAAACAGAGGACGGAGAGGGACUGCAGCAGACCCUGAGGGAUCUGGCACAGGCAGUCCUGUCGGACAUGGAGAGUGGCGUUCAGCUAAGUGGCUCUGAGCCCACUGCAGAUGCGUCGGAUGGCAGCCUGCGGGGGCUCUCUGGUCUGCGGACUCCGUCCCCAUCGCGACGCUCCUCGCCAGGCCGUGGCCGCUCUCCUCGUCAAGGCCUGUCCCCAGCCUGCUCUGACUCCUCCACCCUUGCCCUGAUCCACUCUGCCCUGCACAAGCGCCAGCUGCAGGUCCAGGACAUGCGCGGACGCUAUGAGGCCAGCCAGGACCUGCUGGGCAGUCUGCGGAAGCAGCUUAGUGACAGCGAGGGUGAGCGCCGGGCCCUGGAGGAUCAGCUGCAGCGCUGGCGGGACAAGACCGAUGAGGCCACGCAGGCCCACGAGGAUGCUCAGCGGGAAGCUCAGCGCUUGCGGAGUGCCAACGACCUCCUGAGCAGGGAGAAGGGCAGCCUGGCCCACAGCCUGCAGGCGGCCCAGCAGGAGGCUGAGGAGCUGAGGCAGGAGCGGGACAAGCUGCAAGCCUCCCAGGAGGAGCUGCGUCGCCAGCGGGACCGGCUGGAGGAAGAGCAGGAGGACGUGGUGCAGGAUAGCGCGCGGACUCGCAGGGAGCUGGAGCGCAGCCAUAGGCAACUGGAGCAAUUGGAGGUGAAGCGCUCGGGGCUGGCCAAGGAGCUGCUGGAGGUGCGGGAGGCGCUGAGCUGUGCCACGCUGCAGCGGGACAUGCUGCAGGCUGAGAAGGCCGAGGUGGCCGAGGCUCUGACCAAGGCCGAGGCUGGCCGUGUGGAGCUCGAGCUCUCGAUGACCAAGCUGAGGACUGAGGAAACCUCUCUGCGGGACUCCCUGUCCAAGCUGAGUGCCCUCAAUGAGAGCCUCGCCCAGGAUAAGCUGGGUCUCAACCGUCUUGUGGCCCAGCUGGAGGAGGAGAAGGUCGCUCUGCUGGGCCGGCAGCGGCAGGCGGAGCAGGAGGCCGCGCUGGCUCUGGAGGAGCAGGAGCGGCUGGAGCAGCUGCGGCUGGAGCAAGAAGUGGAGCGGCAGGGCCUGGAGGGCUCCCUGAGGGUGGCAGAGCAGGCCCGGGAGGCCCUGGAGCAGCAGCUCCCCACGCUGCGCCAGGAGCGCAGCCGGCUGCAGGAAGAGCUGGCCCAGCUCUGCCGGCAGCUGAGCGGGCGGGAGCAGGAGCUGGAGCAGGCCCGGCGAGAGUCGCAGCGGCAGGCAGAGUCGCUGGAGCGCGCAGCCCGGGAAAAGGAGGCGCUGGCCAAGGAGCGGUCCGGCCUGGCCGUGCAGCUGGCAACGGUGGAGCGUGAAGGGCGAACUCUGUCAGAGGAGGCCACGCGCCUGCGCCUGGAGAAGGAAGCCCUGGAGAGCAGCCUGUUUGAGGUGCAACGGCAGCUCGCCCAGCUCGAGGCCCGCCGGGAGCAGCUGGAAGCUGAUGGGCAGGCCCUGCUGCUGGCCAAGGAGGCCCUGACUGGGGAGCUGGCAGGCCUGCGGCAACAGCUGGCAACCACAGAGGAGAAGGCAGCUCUGGACAAGGAGCUCAUGACCCAGAAGCUGGUCCAGGCUGAGCGGGAGGCACAGGCCUCUCUGCGGGAACAGCGGGCAGUCCACGAGGAGGACUUGCUGCGACUCCAGCGUGAGAAGGAGGCGGCAUGGCGGGAGCUGGAGGCCGAGCGGGCGCAGCUGCAGGGCCAGCUGCAGCGGGAGCGGGAGGAGCUGCUGGCCCGGCUGGAGGCCGAGAAGGAAGAGCUGAGCGAGGAGAUCGCCGCCCUGCAGCAGGAGCGUGACGAGGGUCUCCUCCUGGCCGAGAGCGAGAAGCAGCAGGCCUUGUCCCUGAAGGAGUCUGAGAAGACAGCCCUGUCGGAGAAGCUGAUGGGCACCCGGCAUAGCCUGGCUGCCAUCUCCCUGGAGAUGGAGCGGCAGAAGCGAGACGCGCAGAGCCGGCAGGAGCAGGACCGGGGCACCGUGAACACCCUGACAUCUGAGCUGCGUGAUCUGCGGGCCCAGUGUGAAGAGGCUGCUGCGGCCCAUGCCCAGGAGGUGAAGCGGCUGCAAGAGCAGGCGCGAGACCUGGGCAGGCAGCGGGAGUCCUCCCUGCGCGAGGCAGAAGAGCUUCGGACUCAGCUGCGUCUGCUGGAAGAUGCUCGCGAUGGGCUGCGGCGGGAGCUUCUGGAAGCUCAGCGCAAGGUGCGGGAGAGCCAGGAGGGCCGCGAGGCCCAGCGCCAGGAGGCAGGUGAACUGCGGCGCAGCCUGAGUGAAGGUGCCAAGGAGCGCGAGGCCCUGCGGCGCUCCAACGAGGAACUGCGGGCCUCCUUGAAGAAGGCUGAGAGCGAGCGCAUCAGCCUGAAGCUUGCUAAUGAGGACAAGGAACAGAAGCUGGCACUCCUCGAGGAGGCACGGGCAGCCGUGGCCAAGGAGGCUGGAGAGCUGCGGGCCGGGCUGCAGGAGGUGGAGCGCUCACGGUUGGAGGCUCGGCGGGAGCUGCAGGAGCUCCGGCGGCAGAUGAAGACACUGGACAGUGAGAAUGCCAGGCUGGGCCGGGAGCUGGCAGAGCUGCAGGGCCGCCUGGCUCUGGGCGAGCGGGCAGAGAAGGAGAGCCGGCGGGAGGCCCUGGGCCUCCGUCAGAGGAUGCUGAAGGGCGAGGCCAGCCUGGAGGCUGUGCGACAGGAGCUCCACGGAGCGCAGCGGAAGCUGCAGGAACAAGAGGGCGAGUUCCGGACUCGUGAGCGAGGCCUGUUGGGCUCCCUGGAGGAGGCACGCAGCGCCGAGAAAAAACAGCUGGACCAUGUUCGGGGCCUGGAGCUGAAGCUGGAGGCAGCACGGGCCGAGGCUGCGGAGCUGGGGCUGCGGCUGAGCGCGGCAGAAGGCCGGGCGCAAGGCCUGGAAACCGAGUUGGCCCGCGUGGAGGCGCAGCGGCGCGCGGCCGAGGCUCAGCUGGGCGGGCCUGCCCGGGAGCCACCUGCUGGAGGAAGUGGGGAAGGACUCAGCAGCCCCAGCCCCUUAGAAUGCAGCCCUGGGUCCCAGCCAUCAUCCCCAGGACCGGCCACCUCUCCAGUACCUCCUGACCUGGACCCAGAGGCAGUACGCAUGGCCCUCCGGGAUUUCCUGCAGGAACUACGGAGUGCUCAGAGAGAACGGGAUGAGCUUCGCACCCAGAUGAGUGUCUUGAGUCGCCAGUUGGCUGAGAUGGAGGCUGAGAGGGACAGCGCGACCUCACGAGCCAGGCAGCUGCAGAAGGCGGUGGCUGAAAGUGAGGAAGCCCGGCGCAGCGCAGACGGGCGGCUGAGUGGCGCCCAGGUGGAGCUGGCACUGCAGGAGGAGAGUGUGCGGCGCAGCGAGCGGGAGCGCCGGGCCAUGCUGGACCAAGUGGCUGCGCUGGAGAGGAGCCUGCAUGCCACUGAGAGUGAGCUCCGAGCCAGCCAGGAGAAGAUGAACAAGAUGAAGGCCAACGAGGCGAAGCUGGAGAGCGACAAGCGGCGCCUGAAGGAGGUCCUGGACGCCUCUGAGAGCCGCACCAUCAAGCUGGAGCUGCAGCGGCGCUCACUUGAGGGGGAACUGCAGCGCAGCCGCCUGGGCCUAAGUGACCGAGAGGCCCAGGCCCAGGCCCUGCAGGACCGGGUGGACUCCCUGCAGAGACAGGUGGCCGAUAGUGAGGUGAAGGCGGGCACCUUGCAGCUGACUGUGGAUCGGCUGACCGGGGCCCUAGCUAAGGUGGAGGAGAGUGAGGGGGCCCUGCGGGAUAAGGUGCAGAGCCUGACAGAGGCCCUGGCCCAGAGCAGUGCCAGCCUCACCAGCACCCAGGACAAGAAUCUGCACCUGCAGAAGGCCCUGACUGCCUGUGAACAUGACCGCCAAGUGCUCCAGGAACGGCUGGACGCUGCCCGGCAGACGUUAUCUGAGGCCCGGAAGCAGAGUGGUUCCCUGGGCGGGCAGGUGCAGACCAUGCGGGGCGAGCUGGCAGAUCUGGAGCUGCAGCGGGCGGAGGCCGAGGGCCAGCUGCAACAGCUGCGAGAGGUGUUGCGGCAGCGGCAAGAGGGCGAGGCAGUGGCUCUGCACAUGGUCCAGAAGCUGCAGGAUGAGCGGCGGCUGCUGCAGGAACAGCUGAGCAGCCUGCAGCGCGCCCUGGCUCAGCUGGAAGCCGAGAAGCGGGAGGCAGAGCGCUCCGCCCUGCGGCUGGAGAAGGACCGCGUGGCUCUCAGGAGGACGCUGGACAAGGUGGAGCGGGAGAAACUCCGCAGCCAUGAGGACACAGUGCGGCUGAGCGCAGAGAAGGGCCGCCUGGACCGCACCCUCACGGGGGCUGAGCUGGAGCUUGCCGAGGCCCAGAGGCAGAUCCAGCAGCUGGAGGCACAGAUGGUGGCCUUGGAGCAGAACCACAGCCCGGCCCAGCUGGAGGGGAACGAGCAGCAGCGGCUGGAGCUGCAGCAGGAGGUGGAGCGCCUGCGCAGUGCCCAGGUGCAGACUGAGCGCACCCUGGAGGCGCGGGAGCGGGCCCACCGCCAGAGGGUGCGAGGGCUGGAGGAGCAGGUGUCCACGCUGAAGGGACAGUUGCAGCAGGAGCUUCGAAGGAGUUCAGCACCCUUCUCCCCAUCCUCUGGCCCCGCAGAGAAAUGAGCUCUGUCCUGGCUGGCAUCCUGGAAGGCAGCUCCAUGUCUGGGGCAGGAGGGGGGCCUCCAGCACACCCACUCAGGGCUGGUAUCCCCAGAGCUAGAGUGGGGUGAGAAGGAACCCGGUGGCAGUGCUGAGGGGUGGGGAUGCCUGCCAGCUCCAGGCUAGACCCAGUAAUGGCUUCCCGGCAUCAUCAGGGCCACCUAUUCGAGCCCUGCCUCAGCCCAGCCCCUUCC